AUGCCCUCUCCGCCAGUCUGUACCGUUGAAGUGACCCUUCAGCCUUCCGAUCAGAGGCUUGCUUCCUUGCUUGAAGUCUCACCCGAGGACGUUCAAUACUGCAUCAUCUCCGCUUUCGCCACUCUAUCUUUCGAAAACCUCAAAUGCGUUUCCUCGCUCAAUUCUCGAUAUUAUGCUUCUUUCCAUUCCCGGUUAUAUCACUCAAUCACAUUGUCCAACGAAAACGUGUAUUACCUCAGACAACUGUGCAUACCUCCCCUUCAAUCUGGAGAACUGCCUGUGGUGGUAGCGAAUCAACAACGACAUUUGGAGAGAUACAUAAAUCAGUAUAACAGAUUCCGCUCUAUAUGCAGCUCAGCGCGGACUCUGUCGGUAGUUGGCGAGAAGAUUUUUGAGAUGAUCGCCCAAAUAUCACAGCAGGAGGGGAACACCAAUCUCUUUUCUAAAGUUGAACAGCUAGUAUUGAGGGAUAUGAAAACGAACCAUAAUCCUAGAAGAAUAAACAUAGAUCCUCCUCUGAAACAAUCCCUUGGCACGAUUUUCACAACUAUCCAGCCAAGAAAACUGUGUCUCAAUCUCGGAAUCCCUUUUUCCCAUACAUGGCGCAACCUCGUACAGAAACUGGCUGAAGAGGAUUUGAGCGGGCUAGAAGAAAUUGUUUAUCACGGCGUACCUAUAUCCAAUUUGGAAAUUGAGGUUUUGAUACUGGAGGACGUGGCAAUACAGCGAUUCUUCUUGGAAGAUUAUAUUAUUCCUUCCUAUUGUCAGACUACCCUCAAAAUCGUUUACCGAUGGGCUUCACCUAGAAAUACACCUCAUAGUCACAGAAGGACACCUCAAGAGAUCCAUGUCCACGCUCAUUGGCGGGGUUCCUUUGGAUUACCAUUGGAACUUGUCGAUUCACCGAUCGAGGGUAUGUGGGAGUUAAAAAAAGUUACCCAUAUUCAUCAAGCCGACGAGAAGGUCGAGUGUGAGUGUUGCUCUAGUCAGAAGGUAUAA